AUCAGAUGGAGUGGGACGGAUGUGAGGGCCGGCUGCUUUGGCGCUGCUGCAGCCCCAGAACCUACCCGCGGAGACGCUGGCGGCGCUGGGGCUGCCCCGCGGCGGCGGCGGCCAUCCGCCUCCGCUGCUGUGCCUGUGUCAGAGUACCGCGGGCACGGAGGACGCGCUGCUGCAGUGCGACGGUUGCGGCGACAUCUUCCACCACAAGUGCGUGGGCAUGAGUACGGCGGCAGCACGGGCGGCCAAGCGCUGGUCGUGUCCGGUGUGCUCGGCGGUGACGUCGGGGCAGCGCAUGGAGCAGCUGGAGACGUACUGCACGAGGUUCCGCCGCACUCGGCGCCCCUCCCCCUCCCAGCUGGAGGAGCUGCUGGGGGAGGCGGCGCAGCUGCGGGUGCAGCCGCCGGAGGAGGCGCAGCUGCGGAGGGCGCUGCGGGACUACCGGCGCUGGGAGGCCUCCGCCCGUCGCUUGCUGGUCCUGCAUGAAAACCUGGUGGCACAGCACCGAGCGGAGCAGGCCAGGUUGCCACCACCUCCUCCUCCUCCUCCUCAGCAGCAACCCUCCUCAGCAGCCGCCCCGGCUCGGCGAGCUGCCGUACCCUCCGCUGCGGCGCUUGCCGUGUCUGCUCGCUGCGUGCGUGAGGUGGUGAAGCAGGGCUGUGUGUGCGAGCUGGAUGCGGGGGAGGUGGCGGACGCGGCGCUGUCGCUGCUGCGGCAGGAGGCGUGGAGGAGCCGGGCGGCGCCGCUGGUGCGGGCGGUGGCAGCAGCGGCGGAGGCGGGGAGUGCUGGGGGCGAGGGCGGAGCAGGCAGCAAGGAGGGAGCGGAGGGCGGAGCAGCAGAGGGAGCCAAAUUCUCCAUGGACGUCCUCACCCGCCUCCUCACCGAGGCCGACGCAGCUGACCUGCCGCCCGCCGACCCGCUCCUCACCACCCUGCUCGCACACCACACCGCCGCUCGCGACUGGCUGGACACGUGCGCCACACUCAUGCGGGAGUUGCGGGCCGCUGCGGGCCGGGAGGUGGUGGGGCCGGAGCUGCAGCAGCUGCUGUCGCGAGCUCGAGCGCAUGUGCAGGUGGCCGCGCGGUUGCCGGUGCUGUUGGAGAAGGAGGUGGAGCGGCUGCUGGAGGUGUCGUCGGUGUACUGCUUGUGUCGCAGGUUGUACGACGAGGACGAGCCGAUGCUGGGGUGUGAUUACUGUGAGGAGUGGUAUCACUUUAGUUGUGUGGGGCUGCGGCGGCCGCCGUCGUCGGCUGCUGUGGCGGCGGAUGAUGACGAGGAUGAGG